AGUGAAGGAGUGACCCGUGUGUCGUCUGGGUUACCUAGGCUGCUUCAGUGAAGCCAAGGGCGACAUGGGGUGAUAGGUCAGCCAACUUGUCACUUCUCUCUUCCCAGCAGAUAAGGACAUAAAUGGGUAGAUGGUGGUAAGGGCGGCUGAGGGAAGUCAGCUGAUUAGAUUGGGAGUCAGCAGGAUGGAGGAGAUAAACAAAACGCCUCAGGCGACCACGCUUCAGGUCUAAGCAGCUCGAAGUCGGCUGCCAACAAGCAGAGCUCUACAAGGCGCAAGGGAAGCCUCUCUUUGGGUUUCUGGGUGGAUAUGGGACAGGAGCUGGGGAGGGACAGUGGGCUGCAGACUCAAACUGCGGACUGCUAGUAUGUAAUAAGGAGAGUGUGCUGGGUCAUUCAGGCUGGCUCCUGGAUGUCUCCAGUGGCUUUCCUGAAUGUAAGAUCUUACAUUCUCCAGUAGCUCCAUCCCCUGCCCCUUCCCUGGAUAAGGCUGGAUGCCUCAGGAGCAGCCAUGCACCCUCCUAUCCCUGAGGCCAAGAGCUGACUGAUGGCAGUAACCCCUACAGCUUCCCCCACCAUUGCAGGUCCAGGAAGUGGCAGGCAAAUCCUGAUACUGUAACUUUAAGUGGGGGAACCUGCUACCCCGGAGUUGAUUACUAAUAGGGCCUUCAAAAAGGAAAUAGGGCUAGGUUGUGGGGAGCCACUGGUGUAACUCUAAUUGCUGACACUGUGAAAAUCGUCUGCCAUGAGAACAGGUACAAACAGGCCCUCCCUGAAACAGAUAUGGCCCAGGUCCAGGCCCUGGUCCUAUUCUCAUCGCUGCUGACCCUCUGUGACUCUAAAGGGAGCCCCGUGGUGUGGGUGCAAGUUCAGAUGGAGGCCCCCAAACUCCCAUCCCUCUCCCUCUCAGUUCGCUGUGGGGUCUUAGGAACCAACGUCAUCUCUCUGGUAACAGUGAGUUGGGAAGGAUUUGUCGAUGCCCAAUGGACCAAACUAGCCGUGUUACAUCCAGAACUUGGCACCCAACAGUGGGCCCCUGCCUCCCAGGUUCGCUGGGAAACCUCGAACAGCGUCUCUCUCACUCUGACCCUGGAACAAUCCAAGGCAAGAAACUUCCUGGCCAACACCUCAUUCUGCUGUGAGUUUGUUACCUUCCCUCAGGGUUCCAGAGUUGCCUGUGGAGACCUGAAUAGCUCAGAUCCAGGACUCUCUGCCCCAGCUCCAGGCCCCAUUCUUCAAGGAGACCUGACCAGGAUCUUGGGAACCCUGGGGGUUCUCUUGUUUGGUUUCAUCUUUAUACUCUGUCUGCUGUGGCGGCAGAAGCGUUGGUGUUUCAGUAACUCUCAGCCAUCCUCCACCAGCACCCAGGCACAGAUGCAAAUGCAGCUUCCCUGCUUGGCCUCUGCACAUGGCAGCUUCAUCUCCACUGAGAAUGGACUGUAUGCUCUGGCCGGAGAAAGUCUUCCCCACCCCAUUCCCGACAUCCUUGCUUCCACCGACUGUCUGGAAUACAGUACCCUGUGCUUGGGAACCCAAUGACAGGCACCCGCAGUCCCCCCCGGCCUUUGGGAGAUCCUUUUGCUGAUGUCUUUAUCCUGGACACAGGCCUCUUUAUAAAUCUUGUUUUAUUUUUCGGCCUCUGAUAAGAGCACAUCCUGCUAGCUAGGAUGUGGUCAGUGUGUGCACAUAUAUGAACCAGGUGUGGGUGGAGGUUAUGGUAAAGGUCCAGUUACAUCCUGUCUUGCACAUAUUUCCAACCCUCCCAGAUGAUGUCUUUAAUACUGUCAUUAAAGUGAUCAUUCUGUUUGGAACUUUA